GUUAAGAUUUCUCCUACGUCACUCGGGAAUUUCCCUGACGGUAACGGGUAAGCGGACGGGAGGAAGAUCCUAGCUGCAGGACCCAGACGAGCGGCGCUCAGACACGGAACAGAAAUACCUCCAGACAAGACGGAGGCUGCAGCCUGAAGGAGAAGCAGUUCCGCAGACGCGACCCUCUCUCGGGCAGAACCUCAGCCGGAGGCGCUCCCACCAUGGCCGGUGGUCAUGAGCCAUAUAUUGAAAUAUGUGAGCAACCUAGACAGAGAGGGAUGCGUUUUCGGUACAAAUGUGAAGGAAGAUCAGCAGGCAGUAUUCCAGGUGAACACAGUACUGAUACCAACCGGACUUUCCCUUCCAUACAGAUCCUGAACUACUUUGGGAAAGUAAAAAUCAGAAUAACAUUGGUAACUAAGAAUGAACCCUACAGGCCGCAUCCUCACCAGCUGGUUGGAAAGGACUGUGAAAAUGGUUAUUAUGAAGCUGAAUUUGGGCCAGAGCGCAGAAUUCUGAUUUUUCAGAACCUGGGCAUUCAGUGUGUGAAAAAGAGAGAACUCAAGGAAUCCAUCAUCUCACGAAUUGCUAAGAAGAUCAAUCCAUUCAAUGUAUCUGAAGAACAGCUGUUGGCAGUUGAAGAAUAUGACCUCAAUGUGGUAAGACUCUGUUUCCAAGCAUUCAUCUCUGAUGAACAUGGCAACUGCACACGAUCCAUAUGCCCAGUCAUCUCCAACCCCAUUUACGAUAACCGUGCUCCCAAUUCAGCUGAAUUGAGAAUCUGCCGUGUGAACAAGAACUGUGGAACAGUGAAAGGAGGAGAUGAAAUUUUCCUCUUGUGUGACAAAGUUCAAAAAGAUGAUAUAGAAGUGAGAUUUGUCAUGAAUGACUGGGAAGCCAAGGGGAUUUUUUCACAAGCUGAUGUUCAUCGUCAAGUAGCAAUUGUCUUCAAGACCCCCCCAUUUUACAAAGAUAUCAUGGAUCCUGUGACUGUGAAGAUGCAAUUGCGAAGGCCCUCAGAUCAGGAAGUCAGUGACCCUAUGGACUUUAGAUAUUUACCAGAGGAAAAAGAUCCUUAUGGUCAUAAGGCAAAACGACAGAGAUCACCAAUGGCUUUACAAAAGCUCAUUCAAGAUUCUGGUCCGUAUGAGAAGUCUAAUGCUGCUCUGUUCCAGACUGCUACCAGUGAAGGAAAAUUCAUUAAGAAAGAACCAAAUAUAUAUUGCUCACAGAUUGAAACAGCCAUCCCACUGCAGAAAACAUCUGCAAGCGUCCCUUCAUUGCAGCCAUAUUAUUCCCCUCCUUUAAACCACCUAAGUUCCAAUGGGCAUCCUGCCCCACCUUUCCAAAUGACAGAGUCCAUUAAGCAAGAUGGGGUUCUGCCAUCUUGCUGGCAUUCCUCUGCUUCACCCCUAAGUGUUUUGCUGCAACAUAGAAACUUGGGUGAUGUGUUGCAUCCUACAAUGCAGAAUGGUGGCUCUCCAUGUCUUGGACAGGAAAAAAGCCUGAACUGGGCCAGUCAGAAAGAGGGGAACAUUUACCGAGGGUUCCUUGGAACAAUGAUUGACCAUGAGUCAACACUGUCAUCAGCAUCACCAUCAGCAUCAGUGUCUCAGCAAGAUAUGCAGAAUGUCUCCAGCAUUGUUAACAGCCAGUCUAUUCAUCCAUUAAAUGCUGCAGUGCCCAAUGGCAUUGGCAUGGAGAUGGAAGACUCCAGAUGCUCAGAUGUAAACUUGGAAAAGUCAUCUUUUGCUCAAAUUUUAAAUUCAAGCAACCACAGGAAGAAAGUCCAACCACUGCUUCCUCCUGCCAUAUCAGCAGUAGCUACUUCUAGCUCAUCUUUGACCUCUAUGUCCAAUAUGUUUGAGACACCAACUUUUAAUUAUCUGGCUAGCCUUAAUGAAUCAGGAUUGCCCAGCAACCCAAACACCAUAAAUAUGUCCAACUUUGAUACGUACAGCACCCAAGACGAUGAGUUCCUGAAUUCCAUUGGAAGCAAUUUUGAUAGCAUACUUUAAUCAUAAAGUUUAACUGAAGCAGAUUGUUGCUCAAGUACCGUAUACUGAAAGAAAUCACUGUAUACUCAGUGUGACCUAUGUCCACUUUUAAAAUGAAAUAAUUGACAUGAGAUGUUUACAAAGACAACACCCACACACCCUAGAAAUUAUGGGAUGUGUUUGGGUAAAGUACUGUCAUAUGAUAAAGAGAUAAACAACCAUGUUCUGAAACACUUUUGAUUCAUAGUCUAUUUAGAACAGAGCACGUUCCUUUCAUCUGCAAGGAUUCCAAACGAUAAUUUUAUUGAAAUUACAAUAGUUACACUGCUCUCCUAUAUAGGCUGGCUUAGGAAAAAUUCCCACUGAAUUUAUUGGAGUUGCUUUACAAAUGGAUAUGCAUGGAAUUUCAGUAUUAGUUUUAUGCAUAUACAACACACAUAUAUAACAUGUCCUUAAUUAAGUGAACCUCUCAUGUUUAAUUGACUAAGAUUCUUUUAGUUGACUGAGAUUCUUUUAACAUGUUACCAUGUGCAUACAGAGAGGAAGACAAGUAUAUUGGGUUGUAAUUGUAACCACAGGCCUCUAGGAAUAAGUCACAACAUAACAUAAGAAGAAAACUAAUGGAAUUGCAAGGCUGGUCAGCUGUUUCUUUUACAUGAAACAUCUCUGAUGUGAAAUACAUAGUUAAAUUCAUUUAUCCAGUGCUACCUUUGUAUGUUUUUUUAGCUUUUUGCAUUCCAAAAAUUGAUUUAAGCACUGAAUUUUUGACAAUUAUAUGUGUUUUGUUUGCAUUUAGGCAAAUCUGUAUUUCAGUAAUGGUAAUGACUAUGUCAUUGUGAAUAUGUUUUUAAAAUAAAGAAGACAGCCUUAAAAGUAUUGAAAUAAUUUUUAAAAUUGGAAUUUCCAGAAUUCUCACAUUGAGGAAAAGACUUGUAACAAAUGCGGGGUGCUAUUUUUUAAAAAAUAUAUAUUUUUGAAUUCAUUCAAUCAAUAUUUGAAAUAUGCUAGCGAGCAAGCUUUUUCUCACUCCUCCAGUUCUCUUUGCACUAUGAGAGGGGUUUUUUUUGUGUGUGAAGCGUUCAUGAAAUUAGAUGAAUUAUCUGUCUUAAUCACUAUCUCAGAUAUAAAUACCCUUCUCUGUCUUGAUGAUAUUUCUAAAACAACUUUUCCCAUCCUAUAGUGCUCUAGAUAUGUUGCACUAUACAUCCCAUCACCACCACCUGGUUAUUCUGGUGGAGAUUAUAGUCCAGGACAUUGCAAAGCUUCUGGUAUAGACAGAAGCUGCAAAAACAAGGAUGGAUUCUCAUUGAACAUUAUACUCAGAUGCAUACUUAUGUGCUAUAUAAUUUAUGAAUGGCACUGAUGUGCUCUUUCCAUUGCUUUAAAAUACCUGCAAGUGUGAUUGGACCUGCAUUACAAUUUUGUUAAUUUGUGAUACACAUCACAGUCUUCUCUUACUUAAGGCAAAUUGAUUGUGUUUGGCAUGUGAAUAGAUAUAUCAAAGUAUAAGAACUUGGCAACGAACGACCAGCUAAUGAAAACCAACAUAUUUGAGCUCAGAUAAAUUAGGAAUCAAGUUGAUUGCCCAGUGUUGUCAACUGCUCUACAGUAAUAACAAGGGACUGGAAUAGAUAUUGGUUCUCUGGGACAAGGACAAUUUGUUCUCCUGCUCUAAUGCUAGGAGCAGGCCUUGAUCACAGGCAACGCUAGAACUAAGGCAUUUAUGGGCCCAGGACAGCUGAGAAUGGAAAAUAGUUGUUCUUUGGAAGGUUUGAAUAACUCUAUCCAAUACAUUUUUCAGGCAGAGGUGUGAUGGACAGUUGAAGUAGUUUGGCCCAUUUGCCCAGGAUGAGAUCUUUAUCCAGUGUUACGGUGAUCCAAGUAGGAUUUCAGUCUGUCUAGAAUUCAGCUGAAUGCUUCAUACAAAAUAGCUGAUAAAAAUCCUGGGUUUUUUUGUAAUAGGAAGGGAAAGGUAACACAUGGUUAAGAUGUUGAACUAGGGACUCUGAAGACCCAAGCUAAAGGCCACCCUCAACCAUGGAAGUUCACAGAGUGAGCUUUGGUCCAUCGUGAUCUCUAAGCCCAAUCUACCCAAAAGAUUUGGGCAGGGGGAGAAUUAAAGAAAGGAAUUUGUGCAUGCACCCUUUUUUAUAUAGUAAUGUUAUUAAAAUGACAAUUAA